CGGGAGGCCUUGAGGACCCCUGCGCGCUGGGACGCGCGGACUAGUAUGGCGAUGCACGCCCUCACUGGAUUCUCGCUGAUCAGCCUGCUCAGCUUUGGCUACCUGUCCUGGGACUGGACCAAACCCAGCCUGGUGGCGGACGGGCCAGUGGAGGCCGUCGCAGAGUUGUCUUCGCCGGCUCCACUCCAGCCUCCCCAUAUCAUCUUCAUCCUCACUGAUGACCAGGGCUAUCACGACGUGGGCUACCAUGGCUCAGAUAUCGAGACCCCUACGCUGGACCGGCUGGCCGCGGAGGGUGUCAAGUUGGAGAAUUAUUAUAUCCAGCCCAUCUGCACGCCUUCACGGAGCCAACUCCUCACUGGCAGGUACCAGAUCCACACAGGACUCCAGCACUCCAUCAUCCGCCCACGGCAGCCCAACUGCCUGCCCCUGGACCAGGUGACACUGCCCCAGAAGCUGCAGGAGGCAGGUUACUCCACCCACAUGGUGGGCAAGUGGCACCUGGGCUUCUACCGGAAAGAGUGCCUGCCCACCCGCCGGGGCUUCGACACCUUCCUGGGCUCCCUCACUGGCAACGUGGACUAUUAUACCUAUGACAACUGUGAUGGUCCAGGGGUGUGUGGCUUCGACCUGCAUGAAGGCGAGAGCGUGGCCUGGGGGCUCAGUGGCCAAUACUCCACUAUGCUCUAUGCCCAGCGUGCCAGCCACAUCCUGGCCAACCACAGCCCCCAAAAGCCCCUCUUCCUCUACGUGGCCUUCCAGGCAGUGCACACACCCCUGCAGUCCCCGAGGGAGUACCUGUACCGCUACCGCAACAUGGGCAAUGUGGCCCGGAGGAAGUAUGCCGCCAUGGUGACCUGCAUGGACGAGGCUGUGCGCAACAUCACCUGGGCCCUCAAGCGCUACGGCUUCUACAACAACAGCGUCAUUAUCUUCUCCAGUGACAACGGCGGCCAGACUUUUUCGGGGGGCAGCAACUGGCCGCUCCGUGGACGCAAGGGCACCUACUGGGAAGGUGGUGUGCGAGGCCUUGGCUUCGUCCACAGCCCCCUGCUUAAGAGAAAGCGAAGGACAAGCCGGGCACUGGUGCACAUCACAGACUGGUACCCGACCCUGGUGAGCCUGGCAGGAGGCAGCACCUCGGCCACUGAUGGGCUGGAUGGCUAUGACGUGUGGCCAGCCAUCAGCGAGGGCCAGGCCUCGCCGCGCACUGAGAUCCUGCACAACAUCGACCCGCUCUACAACCACGCUCGGCACGGCUCCCUGGAGGGUGGCUUUGGCAUCUGGAACACGGCUGUGCAGGCUGCCAUCCGUGUCGGGGAGUGGAAACUGCUGACGGGAGACCCUGGCUAUGGUGACUGGAUCCCACCGCAGACGCUGGCCACCUUCCCGGGCAGCUGGUGGAACUUGGAGCGGAUGUCCAGCGCCCGCCAGGCCGUGUGGCUCUUCAACAUCAGCGCUGACCCCUAUGAGCGGGAGGACCUGGCUGAGCAGCGGCCGGAUGUGGUCCGGGCCCUGCUCACUCGCCUGGUGGACUAUAACCGCACGGCCAUCCCUGUGCGCUAUCCAGCGGAGAAUCCCCGCGCCCACCCUGACUUUAAUGGGGGUGCCUGGGGGCCCUGGGCCAGUGAGGAGGAGGAAGAGGAGGAAGAAGAGGAGAGCAAGACUCAGGGCUUCUCUCGGGGUCGCCGCAAGAGAAAAUGCAAGAUUUGCAAGCUGCGGUCCUUCUUCCGCAAACUCAACACCAGGCUCAUGUCCCACCGAAUUUGA